ACGCGAGCGAGAGAGAGAGGGAGAGAGAGAGAUGGAGAAGAGGGAGGAUGGUGGAGGAGCGGAAGCGGCGGUAUUCUCACCAGCGGAGAUCGAGUACGUUAACUAUGGCGGCGAGCACCACCUCCCACUCAUCAUGGGGCUCGUCGACGACGAGCUCAGUGAGCCCUACUCCAUCUUCACCUACCGCUACUUCGUCUACCUCUGGCCUAAUCUUUCCUUUCUCGCUUUCCAUAAGGGGAAGUGCGUGGGGACGGUGGUGUGCAAGAUGGGCGAGCACCGGAACACGUUCAGAGGCUACAUUGCUAUGCUGGUUGUCAUCAAACCUUAUCGAGGCCGAGGCAUUGCUACUGAGCUAGUUACUAGAUCUAUCCAGGUGAUGAUGGAAUCUGGUUGCGAUGAGGUGACACUAGAAGCUGAAGUCACAAACAAGGGAGCCCUUGCUUUGUAUGGUCGUCUGGGAUUUAUAAGGUCGAAGAGAUUGUUUCGAUACUACCUGAAUGGAGUCGAUGCUUUCCGUCUGAAGCUAUUGUUCCCUCGCCCCGAUCCUCUCUUAUCUAUAAACAGUAAUGAAAGCCAUAAUCAUUCUGAUCACCCACAAGAUGUAUACUCUGAGCUUCAUCACAAUGUUCAGUGAAAUUGUGGUUCCUUCAACAUUGUACUAUGAAAUUUACAGCAUUGUCUUAAAUUCAGAAUAGUUUAUCAUCAAUGUAACAUUUUUGUUAAAAACUUCAGAAACUACUGUCUCUUGCUGCAUUCUGCCAUGCGUCUGAUAGUGGAAAGAUGUUAAAUUUAUGUAUUACAGGAGGAUCUC